GCGCUUGACUUGCAGUAACCUCGACUUGAACUGCAAUGUUACAGGACCUUGAUGUCUUCCCCUCCUGCUAGUUCAUUCAAGUCAGGUUCUUCACAUGCAGACGACGAAAAACCCAAUGGCUUGGUUACUAAUAGCCCUGAACCCAUGAGUGACGACGACAAGGAUGCCAAUGGAAUAGAGUAUGAACACGAGGAUGACGCGCAGUACGCAUACUCAGAGGGCACGGAUGGCGUUGAGGAUGAGGAGGACAAUGAAGGUGAAGAUGAGGAUGAGGAAGAGGAAGAAGAGGAAGAGGAACCAGCAUUGAAGUAUGAACGUCUUGGAGAUGUUGCUCAUGAGCUCCUCCAGAAGGACUCUGCGUCUACGCUCACAUAUUCCAACAAGAGGCUAGCGUUGGGAACUCAUGCAGGUAUCGUUCACAUUCUUGACCUCACCGGUCAGCGGAUCAAGUCCGUGAAGCCCCAUUCUGCCUCGAUCAUAGACAUAUGUAUGGAUGAGACAGCGGACUUUAUCGCGACUGCCUCGUUAGAUGGACAGGUCGUUAUUCAUUCUCUCUCGACCACCGAGGUCUACUCCUUCGAUAUGAGAAGACCAAUGCGUACAAUCGCUUUGGAGCCCAACUUUGCAAAGUCCGGCUCUCGUGCAUUUAUAUGUGGGGGCAUGGCUGGGAAUUUGGUCAUGCAUGAGAAGGGAUGGCUGGGUCAUAAGGAGACGUUACUCCAUUCUGGUGAGGGUCCGAUAUGGCAGACGCGAUGGAGAGGACGACUUAUUGCAUGGGCAAAUGAUCUAGGUGUCAAAAUAUAUGACACGCAAUCGCAGAUGCGAAUCAUUUUCAUCGACAGGCCAGCGGAUAGCCCUCGUGCGGACUUGUUCAAGUGCACGCUUCAUUGGCAAGACGACUCUACGCUUCUUAUUGCUUGGGCGGACGAGAUCAAGGUUGCUCGUAUACGCACACGACCAAGGACAGCUGCAAAUCCCAAGACAAACCUUCCGCCUCUAAUCGUUGAGGUAACUGCCGUUUUCCAGCUGGACUGUAUGAUUGCAGGUAUCGUUCCACAUCCUAUGACGACACCUCUGAGUGCGAUGGUGCCCCAACCUAGGCCGUCAAACGUCGCAUCCUCACCUUCUCAACCAUUUCUUACAUCAUUCCUAGUACUUGCGUAUACCCCUCCAGAUACCUCUCUACUCACCGGAAACGAACUUGCAUCAUCACAUGCCGAACAAGCUCGCAAAGCGGCAGAGCGACCGGAACUUCGAAUCAUAUCCCGCUCUGGUGAAGAACUGGCCGCAGACGCCCUUUCGAUCACUGGAUUCGAGAGAUGGGGUUGUAAUGAUUAUGUCCUCGUGGACGUUCCUUCUAAUCAGCAUGAAGCUUUCUACGUUGUCCUCAGUCCGAAAGACGUCGUGGUAGUUCGUCCGAGAGACUGGCGAGAUCAUGUGGCGUGGUUAGUGGAAAGAAAACGAUACGAGGAGGCUCUCGAAGAAAUCGAGAGGCGCCAGGUAGCGGGUGAAACAGCAGCCGCAGAGGGAGAGGAAGGUAUUGAUGCUAUUGCCAUUGGACAGAAAUAUAUUGAGCAUCUUGUUAGUGAAGGUGAAUUUGUCAAGGCCGCAAGGCUCUGUCCGAAAGUGUGCGGUCAGGACACGAAGCGUUGGGAAGACUGGAUAUUUGUCUUCGUUCAGAAGCAUCAGCUCCAGGCUAUCAUUCCAUUCGUUCCUACCGAGUCUCCUACAUUAGGUCAUCUUGUCUACGAGAUGAUUCUGGCCUAUUUCCUUGCUCAUGACCGACAGACGUUGCUGAAUACGAUCAGGGACUGGCCCAAAGGGAUCUACGAUAUCUCCGUUAUCAUUGUCGCGGUUCAGGCUGAACUGGAUCGAGCUCCUUCAUCGUCCGCUAUGACUUCGACUUCACCAGAUACCGCCAUCCUCAUGGAAUGUUUGGCCGAGUUAUAUACCAUGAAUCGCCAACCUGGCAAAGCUCUUCCUUACUUUAUUAGGCUUCGUCGGCCUAAUGUCUUCGAUCUCAUUCGUGAGAACAACCUUUUCACCUCUGUUCAGGAUCAGGUCACGCUCCUUGUCGAUUUUGAUCAUGAGCUCAUGGAGAAACGUCGCAAGGAGGGUGCAGAACCUGAAGAAAGCACCGUGAUCAAGUUGUUUGUCGACCAUAUCCAUUCUAUACCAAUCGGCCGUGUUGUUCAGCAGCUGGAAUCUCGCCCAUACUAUCUCUACCUCUACCUGGAUGCUCUCUUCAUGAAAGAUUCCCAUCUCACAUCGGACUUUGCGGAUAAGCAGGUUACGCUAUAUGCGGAGUAUGCUCCUCUUCGUCUCAUCGACUUCCUGCGUGCGAGUAACUAUUACAAUCUGGAAAUGGCCUAUCGAAUAUGCAACGAGCGCGACCUAGUGCCUGAGAUGGUCUUCCUUCUGGGUCGCAUGGGUAACAAUCGGCAAGCUCUCACCCUCAUCAUCGAACGACUGGGAGACGUCAACCGCGCUAUCGACUUUGCGAAGGAACAACAUGACGACGAUUUGUGGGAAGACCUUCUGCGAUAUUCGGAAUCCAGACCGACGUUCAUUCGCGGUCUUCUGGAGAAUGUUGGCGCAGAAAUUGACCCUAUUCGCCUCAUUCGUCGUAUCAAGAACGGCUUGGAGAUUCCCGGGCUUAAGGGAGCUCUCAUCAAGAUCUUGCACGACUUCAAUCUCCAAAUGUCUCUCCUUGAAGGCUGUCAAACUGUACUAAAUGGUGAUUGUGUCGACUUGGCUAGCACACUAUACCGUGGCCAGAGUUCAGGAUUCUCGCUGAAUGGUAAAACAUCGUGUCCGAUUUGCUCCCUGCCACUUGUGCAGAUGCCUCAGAGUUUGAUUCUCCUCUAUCUAUGCCGACAUAUUGUCCAUGCGAGAUGUGCCAGCAAGUCUGAUCGGCCACUCCUUCCCAAUGACGACAGUCUAGUUACGACGCGUCCAAAUACGAGCGCAAGAAUUGCACUGACAUCGAUGAUACGCGCGAGGAUCGAUCAAGGUUGUCCGGUGUGCCAUCGCAGAGGCGAGGGAGAACGAACCUGAUUCUUUCGCCUGAUGUACCGUAUACCGCCGUCACGACAUUCCGUCGAUUCAGUCAUUAUACCUUGUAAUGAUCCGUUCCGUGUUUUCGUGACGCUCACUCGCUUUGUAACAGGAACAGAGAGCGGGAGUGAUGAUUCAUAUCUAACUAGCUAUUCCUAUCCGCACAUCGAACACAAUGCAUACGUUAUAGGUAACUGAAAGUAUCUCGUCAAUAUCUAUUCCGGAAGACAGAUUCCCUGUGUGAGGACCACACAGAACGGAACUUCUACAGUGAAGUGAACGAACGUCAAUCUGUUCAUUUAUACAGAAAAAUGUAUUAGAAUCAGGGUUAGGAAGCCGUCAGGGAUCAGGGCGAAGUGGACGAGCGUCUGUGGAGGGAAAGCCUAACCUGGUUGAUAUAGAGGAUAAAGGAGUUGAGUAGUUACGAAGUACGCAUGCGGAUUUUGUUGAAGUGGGGAGAUGAUGAUGAGAUAUAUGGUAAGAUGAAGCAGAGAUACGAAAUUGGACAAGUAUGCAGGAUGGGAGAAGAGGUUGAUGUGAAGUAUGCAUGCAGAUUUUGUUGAGUGUAUGGGUCAAAGUACAGAUAAGAUAUGAGUAUGGACUCUGGUAAGACUAAUGUCAAUGGAGUGAUUGAAUUGAUGGAAGCCAUGCAUUAAAUUGAGAAUGUCAAU